GCUCAAGCUUCUCGAUACCAACGAUCUCCGCGAAUUAGCUCAUUUGAUGAAUGAUCCAGAUAUAUUUAAAGUAAAAGUUGAAGCUGCGGUGGCAAAGAUUACUGCCGGCUCCAUUGUUGCCAAAUAA